AUGAGCUCGAAGUAUCCGAAAGGCAAGAGCGACCCGGUAUACAGCCAGGAGCGACCGGCGUCCCCACCAGCAUCUGGUCCAGAUGGGGGAGCAUCCUCCGACCAGACCACCAGCAAAGACGAUCCUGUCUAUUCACAAUCUGGAAACAGGUCUGAUGUUAGCGACCCUGUCUACGGCCAGCAGCAGCCAGGACCAAGUACCUCAGACGGUCCACGCCGUGAGAAUGCUUCAGGAGGGCCGGAUGCCAGGACAGAUCCGGUCUACUCGCAGAAUGCAGAAAGCUCGGAUACUAAGGCCAGUGGAACGGCUGAUCCCGUCUACGGACAACCUCAACCACGCUUGUCGCCGUCAGGUGGCCCUCAGCCCAAGCAAGCACAGGGAUCGCCUUCUCGCUCAGAGGACCCAGUCUACUCCCAAACAGCCGCCUCUCGCCUGUCCCAACUCACCUCCCAGAUAGCACCUACCCCCUCCGAAAGCGCUGCGGCCACUUUAGCCAGCUCGCCUAACACAAAAAAGUCCCGAAAGGCCAAGUCAUCGUCCUCGGACCCGGCGUCAACCCUCCCCGCCGACUAUUCCGAUAUCCUCUCCCACGCCUCCACCAUGCACACCACCUCCUGGACCCCCGACCUCGAAUCCCGCGGCUACCAACGCCAGCUCGCCGCCGGCAAGCUCUGGGCGCGCGACCGCAUAAAACAAAUCCUCGACCCCUCAACCUGGACCGAGAUUGGUUCCCUGACCGGCAGCGCAACAUGGCGGCGCGACCCCACCAACCCACAACUCGAAUCCGUCGAAUCCUUCGUCCCAACCAACAACCCCCAGGGCUUCGGCCAAGUCACCUGCCCCAUCUCCGGAGUCAAGCACAGGAUCUACCUCACAGCCGACGACUUCUCGAUCCGCGGCGGCCACGCCGACGGCGGCAACACGCUCAAGACCGUCUACGGGGAGAAACUCGCUCUGAAACUGAAAACACCAGUCGUGAAACUCUGCGACGGCUCCUCCGGCGGCGGCUCCGUCACAACCAUCGCGCAACUAGGGUACAGCUACCUCCCCGACAACAAGAUCCUCUGGCCCGCAGCACUACAGAUGAACGAGGGCAUUCCUAACAUCGGCGCCAUCGUCGGCCCCGCUAUCGGAUUGGGCUUCGCGCGGGUCGUGGCGACGCAUUUCAGCGUCAUGGCGGGCGAUAUUGGGAGUGCGUUCAACGCGGGGCCAAAGGUGGUUGAGGGGGCGACGUUUGAGGAGGAUCUGACGUUUCAGCAGCUCGGUGGGCCGGAGGUGCAUUGUCGCAAUGGGACGAUCGAUAACGUGGCGCGGGAUGAGGCGGAUGUGUUUAGGCAGAUAAGGACGGUGUUGGGAUUCUUGCCGGAUUGUGGGGCGUUGCAGGCGCCGCCUUGUAUACCGCCGUCUGAUGACGUUCAAAGGGAGGAUAUUGCAUUGCGGAGUAUUAUCCCGCGGCGGAAAGGGAGGGGGUAUAAUCCAUGGGCGAUCAUUGAGUCUGUGGUCGACAGGGGCAGCUGGUUCGAGGUUGGUGCGCUGUGGGGUAGGACGGCGAUAGUUGGCCUCGCACGCAUGGGUGGGAAGCCAGUGGGUGUGAUGACACUGAACUGUGAGGUCAACUCUGGUGCCUUGGAUCACGGAGGGAGUCAGAAGAUGAUGAAGCAUUUGAAGUUCUGCGACGUGUUCAAUUUGCCGAUUGUACAAUUCGUGGAUUGUCGUAAGUCCAAACCCUCUCUCUCCCCGUCCAAUGAUGAUUUUGCUGACGCAUUCUUUGCAGCCGGCUACGCGAUAGGCACAGCAGCCGAGCGCGCCGCGACGAUGAAAUGGGGCGUCGAGCUGGCCAAAGCGUAUUACAGCACCACCACUCCCAUCUUCUCGGUCGUCACCCGACGGUCAUACGGCGUCGCAGGCGGCGUCAUGACAGACUCGCGAGAUCCGAUCUUCCGCGUCGCCUGGCCGUCUGCCAACUGGGGCUCACUGCCUCUCGACGGCGGCAUCGAGGUCGGCCACCGCCACGAGCUGAAGCUCAUUCGAGAGAAAGAGGGCGAGGCGGGAUGGAAGCGGAGGUACAAGGAGUUGGAAGACGAGUAUGUGAGGCUGAUGAAUCCAGUAAGGGCGAUCAAUGCGUUCAAUGUGGAAGAGAUCAUUGAUCCGAAGGACACGCGGAAGAUUGCGUGUAAGUGGGUGGUGGAUAUGUAUGGAGUGGUCAUGCAGGAGCGGUUGAGAGAUCGGUCGACGCGGAAGAUCGUGCCUGUGUUCUCGUAG